AUGCUUCAAUCGCGACAGCAAGGCCUGGUGUAUAGCUCCAGGCACCCUGGUCGCUUUCCGUCCAUGCGACGUGGCAGAGUCGCGACCUUUGUGAGCGACCUCAGCAUGCGAAUUCUGAGGUCGCAUCCGCACCACCUGAACACAGAAUCUACAAGCAAGCUGUCCGAAGAUGGAAGACAGAAGAUUGAGAAGAACAAGCAAAUCACUCAAGCUCCCAUAAUGCCGAGUUUGCAACGGAAGGAUGAUCACCGCGUGCUCGGCUAUUAG